AUGGCCGCCACUCUGGUCUCACUACCGGCUCUACCUGAGAGAUGGGCUGCCGAGAAGGACUUCAAGUCUGUUGGCAAGCUCACCAAGGACAGCGCGACACAGCGGACAAUUGAGCCUGUUGGCCCUCACUUCCUUGCCCACGCCCGCCGCGCCCGCCAUAAGCGCACCUUUUCCGAAGACGACCGGAUACAGGCCCAGGAGCGCGCCAAGAAGGUCGAGGAGGACAAUGACAGCGAGAUCAGCGAGCCCGAGGACCCUAUGAUGCUCCAGCGUGAGGCCAAGGACUGGAAGGGCCAAGAUCACUACAAGGUGCUCGGCCUCUCCAAGUACCGCUACAAGGCCACCGAGGACCAGAUCAAGCGUGCCCAUCGCAAGAAGGUGCUCAAGCAUCACCCUGACAAGAAGGCCGCCGCCGGUCGCACCGAGGACGACAACUUCUUCAAGUGCAUUCAGAAGGCGACCGAGGUCUUGCUCGACCCCGUCAAGCGCCGCCAGUUCGACUCGGUCGACUCGGAGGCUGAUGUCGAGCCGCCUACCAAGAAGCAGCUGGUCAAGGGCAACUUCUACAAGCUGUGGGGCAGCGUCUUCAAGGCCGAGGCUCGCUUCAGCAAGACAAAACCUGUGCCGCUAUUUGGCGAUAACAAGUCGACCAAGGAGGAGGUUGAGAACUUCUACAACUUCUUUUACAACUUUGACAGCUGGCGGUCGUUCGAGUACCUUGACGAGGACGUGCCAGACGACAAUGAGAACCGCGACCAGAAGCGCCACAUGGAGCGCAAGAAUACCAAUGCGCGCAAGAAGAAGAAGGCCGAGGAUAACGCCCGCCUGCGCAAGCUGCUCGACGACUGCUCGGCUGCCGAUGAGCGUAUCAAGCGCUUCAGACAAGAGGCCAACGCGGCCAAGAACAAGAAGCGCCUAGAGAAGGAGGCUGCCGAGAAGAAGGCGGCCGAGGAUGCGGCUGCCAAGAAGGAGGCCGAUGAGAAGGCUGCCAAGGAGGCGGAGGAGAAGGCCAAGGUUGACCGCGAGGCCAACAAGAAGGCCAAGGAGGCUGCCAAGAACGCCGUCAAGAAGAACAAGCGUGUUCUCCGUGGGUCUGUCAAGGAUGCCAACUACUUUGUGACUGGAGAUGCGCCCGCCUCCACCAUCGAGGCAGUGCUGGGAGACAUUGACCUUGUCCAGGCCAAGAUCGAUCCCGAUGAGAUCGCCGCUCUCUCCGCCAAGCUUACUGGAUUGAAGGUUGCCGAUGAGAUUAAGGGUGUGUGGACGGAUGAGGUCAAGAGACUUGUCGGAGCUGGCAAGCUCAAAGGUGACGAGAUCAAGGCUCUCAAGUCAUAA